AUGCCAAGAAAACCGAAUAUGGCUCCGACGAAAAUGAGUAUGAUGGAAGGUAAUAAAACAGACAUCCAUCAAUUGAGUGGUGAAAACUCACAAGGUCCAUCCACGGCUAUGCAGACUGAGAUUGUAACGCCGAAAAUAAAACCUGUCCUGCAGCUGGUAGCAAAACGACGUAAUAAUCGCGUGAAGUUUGGUAAACUUAUGUUCUCAGACGUAUUGGCCAAAGCUUUAUGUGCGGCGGCCAUACAAAGAUCAUUGAACUUCGUCCUGCAGGUGCAUUUCCCAUGGCACAUCAAAAUCGAUGGAAUGGAAGAAAAGUCUCUUGAAAACAUCACGAUACCAUAG